CUGAAACAGGCCUAAACUCAGGAACCAAGGCUCUGUCUCAAAUCAAGUUGACUCCUCCCUCUCUCACCUUGACUGGGUACUUAGGGAUGCCCUUCAGGGUACUCUCCCAGUAUACUGAACAACCCCUAUCCCAGCCCUCUAUCAAGAAACUGCCAUUCCGCCAAUGGAGAUCAUCCUGGGCCAAAGGCGCGCUUUUGCCAGACUGUGUGCCUCCAGACUGGACAACUACCAUCCAGUCCACAGGCAGUUAUUCUGAACAUGAUCCUUUCCUGUGGAAACAUGCCUAAUACAUAAUCACUUGCCAUGGCUACAGGGGGUAGAACAGACUGACCCUCUGUUAUACCCCCUUUGGCAGGCAGUGAACCUGAAAGAUAUCCAAGAUAUAUGCCCCAUCUGAGAUAGGGCAGGUGAGACCUUCCAACAGUGGGCUGAUACAUGCCCUCUACUUUCUAUGUUCCUCUUCACUAACAGCAGCUAUUUAAGCAACUCCAAUGCUGUGGCUGGGGCUGGAUGGUAUGGACAUUGGGGUGCUUAGAAGCAAGAGGCAACCCACAGCAAUCUCUGCCUCCCCAGGCAUGAAGUCUUUGAUGCAGAGGCCACUGCAGCAUUGUAAAGGGGGGCGUACGUGCGUUGUUCCCUGCGACAGGAACCGGGUUGUGAUCUAGGGAUCUCAGGAAUGGAUAUACCAAGGCGAUGCCGCUAUACCACACGGCACCGAACGAUCUUAGCAAGAAACGAUAUAACGAUAAAAGAAAACACAACGACGAAGGAGCCUCGCUCCGCUCUAUACGACGAAAACGAUACUAGUGAAGCAACCUAGAAACCAAAAGAAUGCUCUAUUUCCCGUAACUAUCUGGGAGGGAACCCUCCAUUAAGUACUCCGGCCGCGGGCUCCACCAUACAUUAGUAUGUCGGAGUCGGCGGUUCUACGGUGUUCCAAGAUAGGAAAUAUGGGAGAUCCGGGGUUUCGCAGUGCCCCCAGCACAGCAUAUAAAGGGCUAAAGGCUGCCUAUAAUAGUGCCCAGGCCCCCUAUACACAGAAUCUAUAUGUCCUCCUAGACAACCAUAAAGUGGCACACCAGUUACAGGGCUUCCCCAGAGGCUCUAGUCAACACACCAUCCUGGCCUUUUAAGAACUUGCAAACGCCUGGCCCACCUGGUCCUCAUGAUGUCAAGCCAUUCAACACAGACAAGUCCAUGUCCACUGGAUCCCCAGUCAUGCUGGAAUCACAGGGAAUGAGCUGGCCGACAAACAAGCAAAGAAAAGGGCCAGACUGACCCCACAAACCAAUGCCCCUCUGACAAGGUAUGCCUGGGCUCACCAGACACUGAAGGAAGAAUUCUGGCAGCAUUUCCAAUCAUACUGGGCUGAGAAUGCGCCAUGGCAAUACUGUGACCUCUCCAUUGACCUGGAUAAACAACCCCAUAAACUAUCCCUUCCCAGAGCUACCCUCGGCCGACUCUUUGCUGCCCGGUCUGGCCACAGAGACUUCGCCCACUAUUAUGAAUGCUUUGGGCAUGAAGACGCCAAGUUGGAGUGCUCCUGUGGAUGCCCAAAGACCCCCCACCACUUCUACUACUGUCAAAAAGGUCACAAGGCCUCCCCUCAGCCAUGGGGCAACCGGCAGGUAGAUGAGAUUCUGCACUCUAAGUCAGGAACAAGGGAUCUCCAUGAAUGGUUGCAGAGGUCUCACUUCUACAAAAUGAUAUGCCCAGCACACUGACCACUGACCUCAAAACCCAAAAAAAAAAAAAAUCUGUCCUCCCCUUUUCAUUUUUUAUAUCUCCAUCCCCCCCCACCCCCACGCAGAAUAUGUGUCGCCGCUCUGGCCCAGGAAUCCUAGGCAAACUCCGCGGGAGUUUUUGCCAGCAUGUAUGAUAGAAUUAGCUUAGCUACCAGAUAGGCAGUUUCCGCUCUGCCCGUCGUAUAUUCCGUUCCGGGAUCCCCGCGGGCACGUGAUUAGCGCGUGUCCCACACCGACGUUAAAUAGCACUACUACUACUACUACUUCUUUAUUUACCACUCUCUCCCCUACUCCUGUCGACAUAGUCAGAAUGGUACUGUCAAAAAGCAGUGAGAAUAUUUUACCAACAGUCUCUGAGAUCAACGCUUGUCCCAACAUACUUAGCCAGCCUGAUGGAGCUGCAAAAGUUGUGAAAAUCAGCAACCGCUUCGCUGUCAAGUUUGGAAAGGGAGUCUCAAUAUCAGAAGCAGAUAAUAUGCAAUUUAUAUCCACAAAUACAAAAGUCCCUGUGCCAAAAGUCUUCGAUGCCUUUACUGAUGCGGAAACAAAUAUGACCUAUAUUGUGAUGGAGUUUAUUCAGGGUGUUACACUUCAAACCCUAUGGCCAACGUUGACUGUCAAAGAGCGGUCUAAUAUAACAGUUAAGGCCAGAAGCCCUACAAUGACUCAGUCUUCUGGACCCC